AAGAGAGAGGGAGAGGAAAAAGACAUCAUCCAUGCGCGGGAGUGGGAAUACAAAAAAGAAAAAAGUACAUCCUCAUCGCCAGGCUACUCACUGCCUUUACAAUGAGUGUUUAUCCCACUUUUCUGAGAGCCAAUUAUCUGCUCCCGCAUGAGUCAAGGAGAUGAUUUAGACUGGUGGCGUGCACAGAGCAUCAGGAGAGCUCCCUCACGAUACUCGCACCGUAAAAAGGACCCAGUGCAGGGAUGCGUUUACGUGCUUUAGAAAGUUGACGAUCUGCAUUGAGACCUGGACAUUUGAAGCCAAAGUUCCUACAGAUCUUAAUGGAAGGCAGCCAGAUACAUUAUUAAUGAGUUAAGCCUGGAAGACCCCUGCCACUUUGAUGUGUGAGCACACCCACCAAUAAUGGCCCAUAGGAUACGCAGUGGAAAUCCCAGUGAGAGCUUAUACAGCAUGAGGCUGGUGUGGAAAUCCCUGGACAAGAUGAGGUGUCUGCGGAAACGCUCCACUAUUCCCUUCCUCGGCUUCCUCAUCACCUUCCUCCUGUUCCUGAACCUCUACAUUGAAGAUGGCUACGUGCUGGAAGGGGAUAAGAGACAGCUAAGGGAAACAUCCGUCCACCCUUCAAGUUCUGAGCGAUACGUUCACACCUUCAGAGACCUGAGUAACUUCUCAGGAAGCAUUAAUGUCACUUAUCGUUAUCUCGCUGGAACCCCACUGAACCGCAAGAAGUAUCUCACCAUUGGGCUUUCAUCAGUCAAACGAAAAAGAGGAAACUACCUACUAGAGACGAUCAAAUCCAUCUUUGAUCAGUCCAGUUACGAGGAACUCAAAGAGAUUGUGGUUGUGGUCCACCUGGCAGACUUUGACCUGGUCUGGUGUGAGAACCUGGUGCAGGAAAUCACCAGGAAGUUUGCCCACCACAUCAUAGCCGGACGCCUUCUGGUGAUCCAGGCACCAGAGGAGUACUAUCCGUCUCUGGACGGGCUAAAAAGGAACUACAACGACCCGGAGGACCGGGUCCGUUUCCGCUCUAAGCAGAACGUGGACUACGCUUUCCUCCUCAACUUCUGCACAAACCUCUCUCACUUCUACAUGAUGUUAGAGGACGACGUGCGCUGCUCCAGGAACUUCCUGACGGCGCUGAAGAAGGUGAUCACCUCCAGAGAAGGUUCCUACUGGGUGAUGCUGGAGUUCUCCAAGCUGGGCUACAUCGGGAAGCUGUACCACUCCAGAGACCUGCCCCGUCUGGCUCAUUUCCUCCUCAUGUUCUACCAGGAAAUGCCCUGCGACUGGCUCCUCAUCCACUUCAGGGGUCUGCUGGCCCAGAAGGACGUGAUCCGCUUCAAGCCCUCGCUGUUCCAGCACAUGGGCUACUACUCCUCUUACAAAGGAGCAGAGAACAAGCUGAAGGACGACGACUUCGAGGAAGACUCCAUAGACAUCCCUGACAACCCUCCUGCCAGCCUCUUCACAAACAUCAACGUUUUUGAAAACUAUGACGCCACCAAGGCUUACAGCACUGUUGAUGAAUAUUUCUGGGGGAAGCCUCCAUCCACAGGAGACUUCUUUGUCAUAGUCUUUAAUAAAUCUACCAAAAUUAGUAAGAUUAAGAUUGCUACUGGUUCUGACGACCGUCAGAAUGACAUUCUUCAUCACGGAGCUCUGGAAGUUGGAGAGAAACUAGUUGGGACUAAAAAAGGGAAACAGUGUUCCUCUUAUAUUACAUUAGGGGAGUUUAAAAAUGGCAACAUUGAGGUUCAAGACGUAGACCACAAAAUUGCCUUCGACAUUGAGUGUGUUCGCAUUGUGGUGACAGCCAGUCAGAAAGAAUGGCUCAUUAUUAGAAGUAUUAGUUUAUGGACUACACAACCCCCCAGCCAAUAAGGACUAUAACAAAGACUCUUAGUAUGUCAUAGAGGCAAAGGUUUUUAUUAUUAUUAUUAUUAUUAUUAUUAUUAUUUACUAAUGUAUGUAUUUCCAGUAUUUUUUUUUCAUUUUGUAUGUAUUUAUUUAUAAUAAUUUUGAUUGCCAAACCAAUCUAUAGUUUUUAUACCUGCAAGUUGUAACCUUAGUGGAGCAUCUUCCAAGUCAUUUGUAUGGACUCUUCAGCUGACCUCAGAGUAUUCAUGAACGUUUGUUUUCUGUCUUUCUUGCUUUCUUUUAGAUUUUGAUAGCUGUCCUUAACAUAGGGCUGGGCGAUAAUUCAGGGUUGUGUUUUACCAACUUUAAGCGAUAUUAUGACAUUCUUCUGUACAAAUCCUGUGAAAAGACCAACAGCAACAAUAAAUUGAUCGCACUAACAAGUAGUGCCAUGUAGCCAAAGUCUGAUAUAUAUUGUUAUGCCAUAUACCUCCAUUGUUGUCUAAAAUCAGUGAAACAUACCAUUUUAUUGGGUGAGAUGUUAAUUAGUUAACCCAUCAUAUACCAUCAUGCUACUGUACUCUAAAUCAGUGGUACUGAAUAACCCUAACCUUAAACAGGGCAAAACAUUUUAGGCAGAAAAAGCUAAUAUAAAGAGGUACAGUGCUGCGCCUGUUUAGGCUAAACAACAACAUAGUAGCUGAAAAACACUUAAAUGCUAGCCUACAAUUCAAAGGUUUAGAAUCCAUCACUAAAUCAUCAUUAUUAUACUAUAAUUAUAUAGUACUCCAAAGAACCCCUAGGGGUAUUAGUACCCCCAAUUGAGAAUCACUGAGCACCAAAUGUGUAUUAAUCUGCAGCUGAAAACAGAUAGUCAGAAACUUCUGAGAGAUGGACAUUUUUGGCUGUUUUGUCUUUUCAUGGGAUUUGUUGACAUGACAAAUAUAUAGAAUCACACCAGCCUUAUCCUUUAAUGGUUUUAAGCAAAAUGGAGUUAGGCUUUAAAGCGUUUUGUCUGGUCUAAAGAAUAUUAGUGAAACAUGUCUCAUUGCAAUGAACACCAAUUUCAUCAUUUCAAAUCAUAGUACAUCCGUAUCAAUAUCACAUUAUUCAUUUCAACCAUAUCGCUCAGCCCUACACAGCACCUUGACAACAUAUCUGUAAGUCAUUCGUGGGCGAUGCAUUAUUCAUGAAUGUUAUGGAAGGCUCUUCAGAAAGGUGCUUCAGGAGAAAUGAGAAAAAUAUCACUUACGGAACAGAAUACUACUGAUUUAAUACAAUUAGACCCCUGUAUUAUGAACCACUAAUUGUCUAUAAGUGGGGUAAAGGAUAGUUAUUAGGAAGAGUAACUAAAUACUUUUAAGAAACAGGUUCUCCUUGAAAAUACCGUCCAAUUAAAGUUAUUGUGUCUUCUGCAGUCAUUUUUCAUGACUGAUAUCAAGCCUGCAAGUGUAGCCCUGGGAUUUCUCUCUGACAAUGUCCCCAUUUGGCCCUUAAUUAUUUUCCAGCUUGAAAACCCACCAGAACAAGUAUCAGAGGUCAUUGUUGCCUUGAAUAUUCAUCAUGUCACAGCUAACUUUUUCAGCUUCAAACAGUCUUUCCCUAAUUCAAUCAUCUUCCUCAUUGUGUUUGAGGCGAGCUUGGGAGUGGGCUGAGCUCUUUUACUGGCGCUGUAUGUUCCGUCAGGGCUGCUGACAGGAGAACAAUGUUUGUUUUCACCCAUCUUCUCCAAGAGCUGAGAUUAGAUUGCACAGUGAAGAAUAGGCCAGGUCUGCUCUUAGGUCUCUUUUUUUUCCCACCAUAGCACAAUUUUCCCCCAGUAAAUUGGUCUGUGUUUGCCUCACUCUCUACACCAGCAAAACAACAUCUCCCCCGAAGCUAUAGGAUCUCAAUUCGCUCUUUUCCCAAUGUUGCACUCUCACAACUCCAAUGUUUCUGCUCCUACAUAGUUUGCCUCUCUGUGAUCUUUGCUCUCGCUUCAUGCAGUCUGCUGCUGCUUUGGGGAAACUUGCUUGGCUUUCCUUUGAAGAUCCUUUUCAAAUUCCCCACCUUGCUUCAUGUUCUUAAACAGCAAACAUUUGCAAGAAUUAAUGCUGCACAUGUUAACUGAUCAUCUCCGUGAUGCUCGAAGCAAUUCAGAGCCGCGCUUCGAAAAUAACCCUGUCAUUUUCCACGUUCAUGUAAUUAGCAGCCGACGGUGAGCAAUGUUCAGUGACAGAUUAGUUUCUACAUUGAAAAGGCAUCACUCAACAAUGCAAUAAAGAGGUAAAUGUUUACAUAACACUGACGUUCUUUAGGAACAUGAGGUGAAAGCAGAUCGUCAUUAAGCAUGCCGCGACGGUUUUGCAAAGCUUUGUUCCGCUGUUGCAAUAGCCAGCUGUUCAGUGUUUUCCCUCAAGGUCUUGUUCAGUGUCACAGAUCGAGACCUUUCGUAGAUUGGCUUGUACCGCCACCUCGAAAUCUUUCCUCAACAAAUCCCCCAUGUGCCAUCUGAAAUGAAAUUAGAAUGCCCACCAACACAAUAUAGCUUAUUGUUUUUCUUCAGCAUUUCCCUUGAAAAGUCGCUAUUCAUUUUGGUGAAUAAUUCUGUGACCUGCAUGGAUCAGCUCCUUGGAGGGGGAUCUUGUUUGAAUGGAUGAUGCUCGGAAACACAAUUUACAUUGUGCUUGCGCGCGUGGUAUUCUUUAUGACGCACACCAUGGUGCCAGUUCAGCUUAGUAUUACCUGCUUAUGAGCUAUAAACACAUGAUGUCACCGCAGGGCAGUUAGCUGUUUUACAAGUGUAAUGGAUGGCUUUGAUACGCCUCAUGCCCUAGUAGAGCAAAUGUGUUGUGAAGCUGAUAUAUUUGGAGGAGAAAUUGCUGUCUGAUCUCUAUUUGAAAUAAGAUGCCAGCUAAAACUAGCUGCACGAUGCAGGUUUAUGGACAGAUUUACAUCUUGGGGAUAACAACAAAAGCUGCAUAAAUUCCUCAACUGGAUGUCAGCAAACUGCUGCGCACAGCAUUCUUUGCUAUUGGCAGCCUGUUUGGAAACGUCAAUCCAUACUAGGGCCUUGAGUGAACAGUGUGCACAGGAUCAGUUAUACUUUAGGCCAGUGAUUGAGUACUCAAAUCCGGGACUUGGACUCAAGUCCAACUCAAGUCGCUAUGCUCUGGACUUGUGACUUGACUUGGACCGGCGCACUGAUGAAUUGGACUUGGACUCAAGGAUUUAUGUAAUCGCACUUAAGCAUUCAUGAAAUAUGAUUCGGAAGUUGGAUGAAGUUUCUGACUACUUUUAUGUGUAAUAGGCAGUGACGGAGUACUCAAGUCCUGGACUCGGACUCAGACUCGGACUCGAGUCUUGGUUUUGGACUUGACUCUGACUCGAGUCGCUAUUCUCUGGACUCGUGACUCGACUCGGAGUCAAACUCAAGUAAUGGUGACUCGACUCGGCCGCUUCUUUGGUGACUCGGACUUGGACUCGGACUCGAACACUGGGGACCCGAGACUUGACUCGGACUCGACAGUUGGUAACUCGACUACAACACUGCUUCAGGAUAUAUUUCACUUAAUACUAAAGGAUAAUCUUUCCUCUCGUUGAGUACUUACAGCUAAUAAAUGGCCAUCUUCGCUGUCCAUUUGUCUAGAACUAAACACUAACUACAUCGGCAGAUCUCUGUGACAAAAAGGGCAGGCGUUUGGGACAAACUUGCAGGCAGGUAACUGUCUAAGUUUGUUUAGUUAUAUUGGCUGUGAGGGUCUGAUCCCCAAAGCUUCAAGCUUCAAUAUGAUGUGUGGAUCCUGAGUUAUUUGAAUGUGAGCUGUCUUCCAGUGGAGCAUGUACAAAGUGCAUGAACAAAAUGAUUUUUCAGUGGAUAAAACAACUCCUUUUAUACGUCAGGAUCUAUGAAUUAAUGUUCAGCUUCUGCUAAUUAAAAUGUACUGGGUUUGUACGUAGAAGCCUACCGAUACUACCUUACAACAGGUUCAGAGUUCACAUGUGCUGUACAUUGUUAGGUGGAGCGAGUGUGUUAAGAUGUUGUUUCUGUGUCUGUUUUACUUUCCAUUGUUCUCUAAAUGGUACUGUAUUGUAAGAUGACAUAUAUAUUUUUACACGUAUCAUUUCAAAUGUUGUAUUGUAUAUAUUGUAUUUAAAAUGAAAUCAGAUUAAA